AAAUUCGUCCAUGCCAUGGAAUGUUGCGAUGGUGUGUGUCGACCGUCCGAGUUUUGGGCGGCGUCGACGGUGCUCAGAGAAUCAGGUUACUGUCUUAUGCUAGCGCCCAUGUCCAAGAAUGCAGCCCCGGAACUCACAACCCAUCUCUUGGGACACCAGGUGGUGGUCAGGAGUCUGGCCCGUCCGAUAGCACUCGCGCCAUAAGUGCUCUCCGAGAAAUUCUAACGCCUCCUGCUGUGGUGCCAGAAACUUCCAGGAGACCGACACCCAAUACUAUUCGUUCAUUUUAUAUCUCCGCAAAAUCACGGGGCCAGUUGUCGCAGCUCGACUCAGGAAUGCUUAGCGCGUUGAUUGGUCUUUUUGGGUCCUUGUCUGUCGACCCAUCAAGAAGACGUCUGUAUACUAGUUCACUCCUUCCCUAUGUGAAAGAUGGUCCCGUAACUCGUGACUACUGGCCAUUUGUGAAGGAGGUUGUAUCAUUUAAGCAGCAGAAGGGCAUGACACUGGCACAUUCAGAUAGAUAUUGGAUGAUGCGAGCUGAGUUGGCGAGCUUUUCCCCCGCCAAAGAUGGCCAGCCCGGUUAUAUGCACGCAUUUAAUCACUCUCUGUUCCGCGUACGACAACAAUAUAUCCACCUUUCUCAACACGUCUUCGAUCCAGAUGUUCAUGUUCCAUAUCUGACAGCGCUUUUGUCGAGCACGGACCCUCGUCACAAGCAGUGGGCCGUUGAUGCGAUGUCCUCCAUUCUUCUCACUCAUCUGUUUCUUCAUCCGAAAGUGCUGAAAGUGUUGUGGGGGAUUGUUCAUAACACGGACGCUACACUUUUACAAUCCAUUCUAUCAGCCAUUUCAAUUCGGGUCACUCGUUUUCCGUCGCCGUGUGGGGAUACUCCAGGAGCCCACAAUGCUGUACCUGUUGAUGCUACCACCUUCACGUCUGCACUUUUAGUAUUUCCGUUACCCGUACCAAGCCCCUCCCCCCAUGUGAAAGCCAUCACGGAGUUGCUGCACGAGGCUUUUUCAUCCAACAUUCCACUAGUCCAUCGGCGAAGCAAUCUACUCCUGUGUUCUCUGCUGCAGAGCUGCAACGGCAACGGAAUUUCCAUUUCAUCACUCGAAUUUCCUCUGGAUGGAGGUGCAUCCAUGUGGAAGACCCUGUUUGCCCUUGCGAUUCUUGAAGAGGUUACGCGAGCCGCGGGUCCAGCUCUUCUUCAUGAUCGUGCCCUCCGCGGACGUAUUCAAGAGUUGAUACGUUCUCUUCAUGAGUCCUGGUUGCACCUCAUGUCCAAUGAAUCGCCCCCCACCCUCGUUUCACGUGUUGUUACGACUUCUCUCUUUCGCCUCUCUGGUGCGGUAGCGGAUCUGAAGCUGUUCGCAGCGUGCCAGGAAUCGAGCACAAACUUCGGACUUUGGACCGGCGAUUCUUCAGACACCGUGGAGGGGCCGCAAUUGGCAGCAAUGGCAGCGAUGCAUCUCGCUGCCUUGGUGCAAGUGCGUGGGUGUAGAGCUGAAUUGGUCAUGAAGACGUUGAGUUCCUACUCGACUGACGUGCAGCUCCACAGUGUUAUCGUGUCAGCAGCUGUCAAGGACCUCGUUCAUCGUGACGUCGAGCUCGCUCGUAUGUUGUACAGCAUUGCUGUCCGGAGUGGACGCGACAUCGAUGUCGAUACCACAUAUGCUUUGGCUAGGACACUCCCACCUUCUCAUGCUGUACGUUUUCUCAAGGACGAUCGAUUUUCUCGAGAACAAGUAGGAGGCCUUCUAAGCAGUGUUGCUCGUUGCCUCAAGGAGAUGAGGCAUCAACAUCACGACACUGACCUUUUCGAUGACCUUGGCAUUUCUCUCUGCAAACUCUACGCGACCUCCCUUCCCCCCGUUCACUUCCGUGGGCAUCUUCAACUUCUUCUAGCCGAGCUAUGCAAGCGGGGCAGUGGGUUCCAGACUGCGGCUAUUAUUGCUAACGUCAUCAAAUUCCACUCGACCUUCUUUCAAUUCUCGUUCUUGCUGCGGCUGGUUCGCCUGUUUUUGCGCCGCAAGCAAUUUCGUUGCGCGUUGAAAAUGCAGAAAAUUUUAGUCGACGCACGCGGGGGAUAUGCUGUUAACCUACGCCACAUGAUCACGACACGCCUUGGUGCGACAGGCAGUAGACGCCUAUCCACGAAUAUUUUUGUGCCAGGGCGCAAGUCGACUGCCUUGUUUCGAGGUGGCCAUUUCUGGGCAGCGGGUACUUUAUUCAAGAGCGCUAUGAGCAGUGGCCCAGUAUACAACAGAGUUCUUCAAGGUUUAAUCUACGAUAGGCGAGCGCAUGCCGCAAAGGUUGCUUUCAGUCGUGUUGCAAGCAAGGUCGACAAGAAAACUCGAACGAUCCUAGGUAACACGCUUUUGCACGGUGUCCUCAUACGUCCGGUCCCGAGAAACGGCAGACGUGUCCGCAAGCUCCUCGGACUCCUCGACACCCUCGUGAGGUGCCAGCAGUUUGCACCUGACAGAAUCACUGUCAACAUCAUUCUAAAGGCGCUGAUAGCUUGGAGGACUGCGUUCGAUUAUCAGCGCCUACGCGCGCUGUUCGACCACAUGGUCCGUGGUGGAUACCCUGCAGGGACCCAUUCACCUUCCCAUCCGCCUUUCAGCACCCCGCCUCUACGCACCAGUGGAACUCUCGCGCUCUCGAAGCUUCCGCCAUAUAUAUCAUUUGAGAAGCAUGCGCAACCAAUGCUCAAGAUGUUUAUCAAGGCAUUUUAUCUUCGGAAUGAUGUGGAGGCUGCGCGUACGGUGGUAGAGAUUUUGAAGAUUGAGCAACAGAAGGCUAUCUUGCAGAGAGAGCGGCGGUCAGCGGCACGUUUGAGAGGCUGGAUGAAGGCAGAGUGUACGAACGAAAGGGAUGUUACGACGCAUGUUCAUAAUGAUAGAUCAUAAUAGACUUUUCCCGUCACUUUCGAGAGGGACUUCUGAAAACUUG